UGAUUUUGUUGUUGUUGUUAGGGAAUACGUGCAGUCAAAUGUAUCUUGGUAAAAGAUCACUGCUCCUCACAAAGAACAGAUAUCCCAAGUUAAUGAUUAUAGGGCUUUUCUAUGUUUGGGAAGCAGGGUUCAUUAAAACUCUUCGUGAAAUGCAUCUGUCUAAGGGCUUGUUUGUCCAAAGCACAGAGGCUCCCGUUUUCAUCUUUAAAUUUCCUCUGUCUGAAGCACAGAGUGCCCAUCCUGUUAUCACCUUAAUCUCUUCAUCUGAAGCAUCCAGUGCCCUAUUCAGCGGCUGCAGCGGGUUAAUCUUUGAAGACUUGGAUGAAUACCCACUGUGGAGACAGGAUGAAGUUGACCAGUGAGAAGUUGCCCAAGAACCCCUUUUAUACUUCUCUAUCCCACUAUGCUGCUAAGAACCAAAAACUCUUCCAAUGGAGAAAGGAAAAGACUGGGAUGGUAUGAAGAAGCAUUAGAACAGUUUGAAGAAAUCAAGGAAAAGGAUCAUCAGGCAACUUACCAGCUAGGAGUGAUGUAUUAUGAUGGCCUGGGGAUGACCGCAGACACUGAAAAAGGAGUGGAAUAUCUGAAGAAAAUUGUUGAUUCUCCGUGUCCCAAAGCAAGACACUUACAGUUUGCAGCAGCUUACAACCUUGGAAGAGCUUAUGAAGGAAAAGGCGUGAAACAAUCAGACGAGGAAGCUGAAAGACUGUGGCUUUUUGCUGCAGACAAUGGAAAUCCAAAAGCUAGUGUGAAGGCUCAAAGUAUCCUAGGAUUGUAUUACUCAACAAAGGAACCCAGAGAGUUAGAGAAGGCAUUUUAUUGGCAUUCAGAAGCUUGUGGCAAUGGAAACCUGGAAUCCCAGGGUGCACUUGGGCUCUUGUACUUUUAUGGACAAGGCAUCCACCAGGAUACCGAGGCUGCCCUGCAUUGCUUGAGGGAAGCAGCAGAGCGUGGAAAUGUCUAAGCUCAAGGGAAUCUCGUGGAGUAUUACUAUAAGAUGAAAUUUUUUACAAAGUGUGUUGCAUUUUCCAAAAGGAUUGCUGACUACGAUGAGUUUCAUGACAUCCCCAUGAUAGCCCAGGUCACGGACUGUCUCCCAGAAUUCAUCAGCAGAGGCAUGGCCGUGGCCUCUUUCUACCACGCACGGUGUCUGCAGCUUGGCUUGGGUAUCACAAAGGAUGAAGCAACAGCUAAACACUAUUAUUCUAAAGCUUGUCGUCUGAAUCCUUCAUUGGCAGAUGAACUUCACACUUUACUUAUUCGUCAAAGAAUUUAGACUACAAUGUAUUUCAACAAAGAUCAUCGACUCUAACAACUUAGAAUGUGUGUAUUUUUAUAAUUUUUAUAAUAGCUAUGUUUGUUUUCUCUCUCCCACGUUACAUUAUCCUGGGUAUUUUACUGAUGACAGGUUACCUUCAUUCUUUUUUUUUUAACAUCUUUAUUGGAAUAUAAUUGCUUUACAAUGGUGUGUUAGUUUCUACUGUAUAACAAAGUGAAUCAGCUAUACGUAUACAUAUAUCCCCAUAUCUCCUCCCUCUUGCGUCUCCCUCCCACCCUCCCUCUCCCACCCCCCCCAUCCCACCCCUCUUGAAUUUGUAAAAUGUUGCAACUAG